CACCAUUUGUGUAGGAUGGAAAUCACAGUAAAGACGCUCGAUUCCAAGUCUCACAAGUUCACCGACGUAGACGACUCGAUAACCGUCAAACAGUUCAAGGAGCGCAUAGCGUCUCAAGUGAACGUGCCGCAAGAGAAGCAGCGACUGAUCUUUCGAGGACGAGUGUUGAAGGAUGAUCAGAAACUGAGAGACUGUGAUGUCGAUGGCAAGGUUUUGCAUUUAGUGGAGAAAGCGCCUCCAUUGGCAGCUCGCCAGUCUAGUGGCCAAAGCAGCUCAGCCACCUCCUCCUCCUCAUCAUCAUCAUCAACAACAACAACAACAACAUCAUGGUCAAGUCAACAUCCACAUCGUGUCCAUUUUCAACGAACGACGUCUGCCUCUGCUCAAGGAACACCUCCAUCCCAAUCAGCUACAUCAUCACUAGGAAGUCUUCUGGGCAACUUGCCUGGCAUUCCCAGCGACGUUUUUGACAUGACUCAUCAAAUAGUUCAAGGGCUUGUGGGAUCGUUUGAGAACAGUGGGGCUCAGACUGAAGUUACGUCAGCGAGUUUGGCUGAUGGGCAGGGAGUCAAUGUGCAGAUUAAUGUGAAUCGAUUGCCUAGUGAGCUGGCGAGGCUCUACGGUCGGUUAGAAGAUUGUUAUCAGGCACUUGCCGAGAUUAGGGAAGAGCUGGAUAGGCGAGAGGGAGGCAGGAUGCAGGAGUCCAGUCCUGAUCAACCACAACAGCAAACCAACAGGAGAACAGGAUCGUCUGCUCAAAGCUCGUCACCACCCACAGAGUUCAAUGAACAGGCAAUGUCCACCGAUUUAUCCAACAUUUUAACAGAAAUUGCGGCCGUCACUCAUCACUUAGUGCCACACAUACGAUCCCUCGCCGAGAACCCACCACGGAGCAGCCACCAACUACAACCACCUAUCGACCAUUCAACCACCAGACGGCUCAGCCAGCUAUUCCAAUUACUAAGUCAAGCAUGUUCAGCUCUCAGUGAUUUCGAAAUUGGAUACGAAGAUCUAGUAGACGAUCAAGUACGACUCAAUCGGAGACAAUCAGAGCAACAGAACCGUAGACAAACGCAAGAGCAACCACGAACCUCACAGAGUGGAGUACCGGGCGGCGAGGAAUCUCGGACAUCAGGAGGUCAGUCUGGCCGCGAGGCGUCGCAAUCUAGUCAAAUGAACCAACAAAUGGCAGACGCCAUUUCACGAGUGAUUGGCGCUCCGGUCGCUCGUAUGGAGAUCGAAAUGGAUCAGUACGAGGCUCCGCUUCAGGAGAUGCUCGCUCACGGAUUGUUGGCAUCCGGACAGACGCCACGUUCGGAGAACAACGCGGAGAGACCGAGUGUUGAGUUUAUGGUCAAUUUUAUUCAACAUGUUCCUGUAGAACAAGGAGCAGGAAGACAGCAGUCGCAGCAAUCGACUCUGAGUGAGUCGCCACAGCAGCAGCGACAGCAGCUUGGGUUUCUUCGCUCGUUUGCCGAGUUGUUUCCGAUGAUUGCAGCCAACAGACGUCAAGGAGGACGAGAGGAAACCGAACGUAGUGAAGGAAGACGUCAAGGGAGUCGGGACGUGCGACAGUCACGUGGGGGCGAAACACGAAGCUCGGCGUCUGAAAGUCCAGAGCAAUCGGGAGGGUCACAGACUGUGCAGUCGACAUCCACGGAGAUGCAAGACAAGCAAACAUCACGUGACCACAGAGAAGAACAAGAGCAGCGAGGGACACGUGAGGAGAGCCGUCGAGUCGAGCAGAUGGAUACAGGAGAUGGAGCCAGUAGUGCAGCUGGGGACGAAUCCAGAAGUCGUCAGUUUCCGAUUUUUCCUUCUUCGCUGUCUCCUGAACUGUUUAGAAGUGUUUCAGAAACACUUCUUCAGGCUGUCACAUCGGCGUACACGAAUCCAUCGGAGCAGCAGCCAUCUGUUCAUGAGGUGUUUUCUGGCCUGGCCGACAUGUUUGGUGCACAUCAACGAGAGGAUCACGGCAGUUUGUUUGGUCGUCUGAUGGACACCGUUUGGACUUCUCUCACGGCACCCGAAGCUCUCGGUUUGUUUCGUGGACUCGUCGAGCCUCUAGAGAAGCUGCAUGCACCGUUUAGAGAGUUUAUUAGUAAAGAGUUGCUACACGGCGUUCCACUGAGGGACGACAACGUCGAGGAGGCUGUGAAUGUUCUUCUUGAAGGCGAAGAUACAGCGAUUGACUUCAUAUUGUCUGAUUGUCAUAUUCGCAACGGCAUUGACUUACGUGCCACGUUGCUUCAAUCAGCCAGAAGACACAGUCGUCACGUCAUUCGCAUCAUUCAACGAGACUACGAUACUCCAUGUGGGUUUGCAAACGCUUUGAAAACGGCAUUCAUUAGUGGCAUCUCAGAGCUCAGCCAUCUGGCAGUUUACGGACUUGAUGGAGAUUACAAUCUCUUGCAUGAGACCCUCAGGAGCAGACUGGCCGCAAUUUGGCAGUUUCCUCCGGCCGUCGAGGAGUUCCAUCGCUGUUCAUAUCAACUCUGCAUUGGUGAAUACAUUGAUUCGAUGUUUAUCAACCAUCCUUUGUCGGAUGAGGAAAUCCAGCCAUUGGUUGUUCGUAUUAAUAGCUUGCCGCCGGCCGUGGCAGUAGCCAAUGCUGAAUGUCAGACUGAAAGAGAGAGGCAAACGGAGAACAUUGUCAAGCGGACGUCAUUUUCUCUGCCUCAGUGGCUGCAAUUGGUUCCCGAUCAACUUCCAGAGGUCGACAUCGGCAGAGAAGAAUGGCACCAGUCAAUAGACAAUGAAAUGGUCGCCGUUGUUACUCGAGAUCUACAGACACAGAAAUCCAUGCCGGGACAACGAGCGUUUAGUGAUGCUUAUACGAGUUGUAUUCCACCCAAGAGGAGAAAGGCUGCUGAGGUGGUCAGCGGCUCGGCUCAAGAGGCGACAGGAGAUACGCUCCGUAGUGCUAUUGUUGCGGCGGGAGUCAGAAGUUCAGUUGUAGUUGAUGAUAUUGUACGAGACGCCGUCACACACCCCGGACUCUCAGACACCUACACCCGCGAGCUGCAGUUGCAACUGGAAGAGCGCAUAGCACGUGACACUGACUUCGACCCGGACGCCUUUCCCAACUCGGCUCUCUGUUUCCGACACGACGACAACUCACGUCGCAGCUAGAAAC